CGACCCACCACUCGUUGACCGUCUCCUUCCACCAUCACCUUUCCCCAUGCUGGUGGGGGCCAAUUGAGGUCAACCGACGAAAAUGUCGGCGGUGGAAUCAGUGGUCCGUUUUGGUCCGUACGUGUUGUUUGUCAUCUACAUUCGCUCUCACCGUCCCAGUCGUACGCGUAGUUAACAAACAUGUGAUCCGCCAAAAAUGAGUUGUCACCCCCGCAGCCAUAAGAUGCUUCGCGUUAGGAGGUACCUUCAAAUCUUCCUCAUGACUUCUCUCUGUGUCUGCGCUACCCUGUUUCUAUUCCACAGGAAAACCUUCGCGCUCAAUGACCCAGCACGGGCUCAGGAAGUGGGCUGGCAGGAAAGGGCGCCUAGGUCUUUGUCUGGCGAUUACGACAACAAUCUUGUUGAAGUACUUAGGUCGACAGCUACUCCAGUACCUAGUACUCUAAGCGUCAGGGAUUUGUUUAUUAGCGUGAAGACGACUGUACACUAUCACCAAGCUCGUCUGCCGGUCAUUCUGAAGACAUGGUUCCAACUGGCCAAACAACAGACUUGGUUUUUUACCGACGCAGAUGACGAGGAGUUCCAAAAGAAAACAAAUGGACAUAUGGUUAACACAAACUGUUCAUCGUCUCACAACAGGAAGGCGCUGUGCUGCAAAAUGUCGGUUGAGCUUGACUCCUUCUUGGAGAGUAAUAAAAAAUGGUUUUGCCACUUUGACGAUGACAACUACGUGAACGUCAAUCGUCUUGUACACCUGCUGGGCGACUACAGCCAUCAGGAGGACUGGUACUUAGGCAAGCCGAGCAUAAGGACCCCGUUGGAGAUACUCAAUCGUGAACCGAAGCCUCAAAAAAAGCAACACAUAUCGUUCUGGUUUGCUACUGGGGGUGCUGGUUUCUGUCUCAGCAGGGCAUUAGCUCUGAAAAUGAUGCCGAUCGCAAGUGGUGGCAGGUUUAUGGGCAUUGGAGAGAAAAUUCGUCUCCCUGACGAUGUUACCAUGGGCUAUAUCAUCGAACAUUUGCUUAAGAAACCUUUGACCGUGGUAGAUCAGUUUCAUUCGCAUUUAGAGCCAAUGAAGUUCAUCGCACAGGAUACUUUCCACGAUCAGAUUACAUUCAGCUACUCGAAAUAUAGUAAAGAUGAAAUGAAUGUUGUGAGGAUCGACGGAUUCGAUACCAGGAUAGAUCCAACAAGGUUCCUUUCUCUCCACUGUUAUCUAUUUCCAUAUUUUCAGUUUUGCCCUAGGUAGCGUCUACCUAGUCUUGAUAAAAUGCUCAAUAUGUUUAUAGAAAUGACACUAUAAUUUCUAAGACGAGGAAGUGAGUGUGAAAUUGUGUGUGUGUCUGAGUGCGUGUUUUCAUUGGUUAUUAGUACAUAAAAUUUAUACUAAAUUCGUUAUCGUUGUUUAGAACUUAUAAUUUAAUUUUUUAACGUUAUUUUUAUAAAUGAUAUAGAUGACACUUUGUGAUUAUUGUUUUUAGUCCUGAUUGCUAGCCAUAAAUUAAGAAUGUGAACUAAGUAGAUCAGUAUGAUUUGUAUUAUUAUUAUAUUUUUUUAAGCACAAAUCUCAUUUGUUUUUUGUUAAUAUUGUAUUUCGAAUUUAUAUUUGAGUCAAAUAGAUGAAUUUUUUUUUGUUUAUAUUAUGUACAUAAUACAUUGAUUAUUGUAUAUUUUUGAAUGGCUGUGAUUUUUUGAGUUCGAAACAGUUGAUUACAUAGUUUAUAAAAAUUAAUGUCAAAUUGAAUGAUAUUUUUUACAAUAUUAACUGUGUGGCUACAAUGAAAUGUAUAUAUAUUAUGGAAAUGUUUAUUUACUUGUUCAAAAGAAUCAAACGUCAGCAUUUUAAUGUUACCCUAACCUGAAACUAGAAUUAUAUUAAAUUGUUAAAAAAGUUAGGUUUUUAUGUGGCAAUAAAAAAUCAAAUAUUCUUGUU